AUGUCUGUGUUUCACGACGAGAUUGAGAUUGAGGACUUUGACUAUGACGAAGACACAGAAUCGUACACGUAUCCCUGUCCAUGCGGCGAUCUCUUCCGCAUCACAAAGGAGGAGCUGAUGGAUGGCGAGGAUAUUGCACGAUGCCCAUCCUGUUCCUUGCUUGUGCGUGUCAUUUAUGAUAUGGUACGUCGGGUGUGC